AUGUGAGAAGGAAAGAGUAAGGGAUGCCGGAGUGGCGAUGUUGGACAUAGACAAUGAACGACUGAGAGUGAAGGUAUUCUGUGGCGAAAUGGGGAGGGGAUGAAGAGAAAGAAAAAGAGAGAAAAAAAAGAGAGGGAGGAACAACAUGUGUACAUGUACAUACAAGGGACACAAGGUUCUAUUCCGCUAACUCGAACCUUACACGCGGCAACUUUAAAACAGCUCAAGAAACAACUGGUCAAAGGGCUCUUGCCGGCUGGGACGUGCAUUGACAUUCGUGGCGACGUCUCUGCGGUCGAGAACUUUUACCGUUUGAACCCGCUAACCAAGAACCCUCGGAAAUUAAUGGCGUGUACGCCUUCCGCGCAGCCAUUCGUCGCGUUCACGGAACUGGAAUUGAUUUCAAUCUUUUGGAAGAGCGACACACUCAAGGCGAAGCUGCAGAGUCUUCAUGGAGCCAAGGACUAUCGUCCUGCGUUGUCUGACAUGUCGUACUGGUUGGCCAACCAAGCACCAGGCUACCUCCUCACGACACUCAUCACCGACGUAGGACUGGGUCAUAAAUAGCGUCGCAUGCCCGGAAUCAGCAAAUCAUUCAACAACCUCACGAACCUUCACUUGCAGAGAUCAAAGAGCACCUGAGAAUCAUUCAGAACGAGGAUUUCGACCCCCGCACUUAUAAGGAACGCGGCUAUGUUAUUUGCGGAUCUAUUCGGACCGAUGGCUUUCGCCUCCAGUUAACGGCAUUCAAGCUGAAGGAGCUCCUCUCGGUUCGGU